UAUCACUUAUCACAACAGAUGUAUGUUUUUUUUUCUAUUCUAUGUGUAAUUAAACACAUCUUAUAUACUCUGGAACGUAACGAAUAACACUACUGAUGAUGAACGAACAUUCAGUUUUGUAAACUUUUACACUGUCAUCAUCAUACCAUAUUCAUUUGCUUGAUACGGGGAUAAAUUUUCUUUUCUUUUUGCUUUUUCCUGUAAGAGAAGAAGAAAAAUAUGUAACAAUUCUGUGACGCAAUAUAUACCGUUGAAAGUGUCAUUCCAAAGUAAACAUUAAAGAUGUACAUAUAGAAUAGGCUUUUCCUCGAUGUGAGCGCGGUUACCUUCAAAUCUAUCCAAAAUAUGAAGGACAAAAACCCUUUUUCAGAGUCUACAAUUAGGCCAUUUGUUGAACAUUCAUCAAAGGAACCAUACGUAGAUCAUGAUAAUGAGUUCAGCAAACUUGGUUACCUUGUUUUUCGUUCAUUUGUUAAUCCAGACGAUGAUAAACUAUCGGGAAUGCCCGAACGAAAUAUAUCACUGGACAAAGCGAAUAUGGAUAGGUAUCUGGAUCAUUGCAGUUAUCCCUACGAUCCAGCUUUUAUGCAACACCAGGUUGGUCCUCGGUUGAAUACACGAUCUCUUCGAGCGAAAAACAAUCAUUUGAGAAAGCAACCUGCCGUAAAGCCUAGACUUAUUAUCGAAGAUAGAGGAUUAAGAAACAGGCCUAAACAAAUAAACUUCCCUGGAAGAAAUGCCUCUAUGCUCGGGUACGAUAGGAUUGAUCAAUUAGAUACAUCUAAUUCGUACCUUGGUAAUUUCGGCGUUCAUCAUGAUGGCCCCUUUGAACCAUGUUGCAAGCACCGAAAUUUGGAUAUUAGUACCAGUCCAGUUGCUGCUUUUUCGGAAAACAGUGGAGCUAACAGCUUAAGUGCUCUUAUUCCAAAAGAUAAAUCCGAAGAAGACUUGACUUCGGAUAACAGUAUAUGGGAAGGGGCUAAUACCAAUACCUACGGCUCACCAACUUAUGUUGAGCAAGAUAGCUCACACUCUAAUGAUCAAGAGAGCGAAUCCUUAUUGAAUAACAAUGACGGCAGACAGCGAUCAGUAAAUAAUUUACAAAGAAAAGCUUCAAUUUUGGACCGUUUGCGACACAAUUGUAAAAAAAAGUUUUCCAGCGGCGGUACAAAGUAAAGCCAUCUAAGUUCGUCAAUCACCCAAGUGUUUUAUUUCUUUGUAAUCCUUAUUAUUUUUUUUUUUUUCUUCUUUGACCAAUUUUAUUAAUGACAUCAACCAACAAUGGCUUGAUAUAUAGGCUUUCAUAAUGAAAACUACACAAUUUUUCGUUUAAAUCAGUCAUAACCAGAUUUC